AAUGCGCGCGCGGCCGUGGGGACGCGGGGCGGUGGCGCGCUUGAUGACGCCAUUCAAUUGCCACACUGCCCACGCCUCCUCCCCGCACCUGCUCCUCCUCCGCUCCUCCUCCUCUUAUAGCCUCCGACUCCUCCCCUCUCGCCUCCGACGCCAAUUCGCCUCGGACUCCACGCCAGCCUCAGCCCCAGUUGGCAGCACCGCACAGAGUUCUCAUACGUUCAUGGAUGUUGUUCGGGAAGUCUUUAAGCAUAGCUCCGCACAUGGUGCCCGUGCGGCCAUCAGAGCUGACCACAAGAGUUAUGGAUUUGUCCAGCUUAUUUCAUCUGCGCUGGAUGUCCACAAUAUCCUCUGCACGAAAAAUGAUGGUGAUUCUUCUUCUAUCAAGGGAAUAGAUGGAACAGGAUUUCUUCGUGGUGCUCGUAUUGGCAUCGUGGCAAAACCCUCUGCUGAAUUUGUUGCUGGGAUAUUUGGAACAUGGCUUUCUGGUGGAGUUGCAGUACCCCUUGCGCUUAGCUAUCCAGAAGUUGAACUUCUGCAUGUCAUGAAUGACUCGGACAUUUCUAUGGUUUUAAGCACCAAGGAGCAUCAUGAAAUUAUGGAAAGCAUCUCUACCAAAUGUUCCACUGGCUAUUCUCUUCUUCCAUCUGUGGAAAGUAUACCUCCAAAAAUAGAGUCCCAAGAGCCUUUAAGUAGUGAACUGACUUCAUCAGUUUCUAGCUUACUGGCUGAGAUUGACAAUUUAAAGAAAAUCAAAGGAGAUGAUCCUGCUCUUAUCCUUUACACAAGUGGUACAACUGGUAAACCAAAAGGAGUAGUCCACACUCAUAAGGGGAUACUUUCUCAGGUUCAAAUUCUGACAGAGGCAUGGGGAUAUCAAAGUGAAGAUCAAUUUCUGCACUGUCUUCCACUGCACCAUGUGCAUGGCCUUUUCAAUGCUCUAUUUGCACCCCUCUAUUCAGGAUCAGUGGUUGAGUUUAUGCCAAAAUUUAGCGUGAGAGGAGUAUGGCAGAGAUGGCGUGAGUCAUAUCCUAGUGGUGUCAGUAAAAGCAAUGAUGCUAUUACUGUAUUUACUGGAGUUCCAACAGUGUACACACGUCUGCUGCAAGGGUACGAUACUAUGAAUCCUGAUGAACAGUCUGCUUGUUCAUACGCUGCAAAGCAGCUGAGGCUAAUGAUGUGUGGAUCAUCAGCUCUUCCUUCGCCACUUAUGAAACGGUGGGAGGAAGUGACAGGCCACCGUCUUUUGGAACGCUAUGGCAUGACUGAGUUUGUCAUGGCACUGUCUAAUCCAUUGCAUGGUCCACGGAAAGAAGGUACAGUCGGUAAACCUCUUCCACGUGUUGAGGCCAAGAUCAUCAUGGAUGAUGGUACUGAAACUAAAGCUGGAGUUGGUGAGCUCUGUAUUAGAAGUCCAUCCCUUUUCAGAGAAUACUGGAAAAGACCAGAGGUUACAGAAGAAUCAUUUAUUGAUGGUGGUUUCUUCAAGACUGGUGAUACAGUAACUAUAGAUGAGGACGGAUACUUCAAAAUUUUAGGGCGCACAAACGCUGACAUCAUGAAAGUUGGUGGUUACAAAUUGUCAGCAUUAGAAAUUGAGGCAGUACUGUUAGAGCAUGACACUAUACUGGAGUGUGCUGUCCUGGGCUUGCCUGAUGAAGCGUAUGGGGAGGUUAUAUGCGCAAUAAUUGUGGCUAAGGAAGACGUGAAGGAAAGAGCCGAACAGGCUUCAGAGCCAGCACUAACCUUACAAGCUUUGACAAGCUGGUCAAAAGAUAAGCUUGCUCCAUACAAGAUUCCAACAAGAUUGUACUUAUGGGAUUCUCUUCCUCGGAAUGCCAUGGGCAAGGUUAACAAGAAGGAGCUGAAGAAAUUAUUACAGGUGUAGACACGAUUAAACUACUGUACCUAUUUUUUUCCAUUUCACCUAGUUGUAGGAGGCAGACAAUUCCAGUGGUCAGCUAAUAAUUUUGUUUUGUUCGGCAACAAUAAUUUAGAGUGGCUAUAUUUAAUGUGUAAGUAAAUUAUGCACUACAUAUAACCUUACAAAUGAGAAUGUAAAAUAACAGGUAGGGAGAAAAGGGCUGUAUACCUUUUUCUUAAAUAGAAAUUCCAUGUACUAUGGGGUUAUAGUUAUCAUGAUAAUCUGCUGAAACUUAUCAUUAUACAUGUUUC